AUGAAAGACGAAGAAAAUGAAAACGAAUAUAACCGCAACAUGGAUCGCAGUCCAUCUCCUGGUGUGAAAUCUACUGCAGUGGUUAAAUAUACAGCAUUCCAGAGCCCAGUUGGCUAUGCAAGACUACAAUGUAAUACAGAUCUUAAUUUACCACCUUCCAAUUGGGGUGGGAUAGAUACUUAUGGUCUGAAACAGAUAUUGACUAGAGAUAGCGGGUUGUCCAGCUUUAGAAUGGCACACAUGUUUCCCGACUGUGUGGGGGAAGUGGAUGUUAUAUCUGAUGCAGAAUGCAUAAAAAAAUUACUUAAACUUCCAUAUCAGCCUAAUGGAACAGUGAGUAUGAUGGUCCAUAGAGUUGAGAAUACCCUCCUGUUGGACGAUUUUGAUGUUUAUGAAUAUUUGAUGAAAUCGGAGUGGUCUUGGCUGAAGGAUUUCUUUUAUGAAAAUAUUCUCAAAACUAUGUCAGAGAAGGAACGGAUGUCAUUAACAAUCGCACCGAGCCCCAGUUCAGCUUUACAACUUACUCAUAAGUUUCUCUCGCAUAGUGUUGUGGAACGUCCGGAACCUUUGCCUAGUGAUGUACCACACACCCCUAUGUGCUUGACCGGCCCUUUUCUGCCGGAACCGGAAACGAGACAAGAAGAGCCCACAAACGAACGAAGCUUCAACAGAAACGUGCUCUGGACUUUUGAAGAUAUUCACAUGUUGAUUGGCAGUAAUUUACCCAUAUUCGGUGAUAAAGACCGUCCCUGUGUCAGUCUACGUUUGCGAGAUGCGAGGGAACCAAUAAACGUACUUACAGGAAUAGACUACUGGUUGGACAACCUGAUGUGCAAUGUCCCUGAAGUUCUUAUGUGCUACCAUUUAGAUGGAAUAGUCCAGAAAUACGAGCCAAUGAAGACAGAAGAUCUACCACACAUGGAAAACUCCAGAUUUUCACCGAAAGUCAUAAGAAAUGUGGCGCAGAAUAUAUUAUCGUUUCUCAAGUCGAAUGCAACUAAAGCUGGUCAUACAUACUGGUUAUUCAAAGGGCCUCAUGAUGAUGUAGUAAAGCUGUACGACUUGACAUCUCUCUGUCCAGAUACAAUGGAUAACCCAUUCACAACCCCUGUAGCUAUGCUUUUGUACAGGGUUGCCAGGAAUAUGAGACUUAUGAAUAGAUCCAAGCAUGUCAAGCAGUUGUUGGAACACGUGGUCGAACUGCUGAAGGUUGAGAGAUACCCUCAAAUAGUGGCCUCCUCACAUUACAUGUUAGCGGAUUUGUAUGUACCCGCCACUACUAAUCCGGCGUGCCCGAAUUUUAAAGAUGAAAGCUCUGAUUCGGAAGAAGAAUCGGAUUUCGGCAACUACGCGGAAUUUGCGCGACACUCCACGUCGGAUCUGGACAGUGCCAUAGACAAGGAUGACGACAAAGUGGAGAUAAUGAGCGAUACCACAGACAAGGAAGAGAAGUGUGAAAGAGAAGAAGAUAACGUAGAAGGAGUCGCGCCGGACGGGGACCAGGAGGGCAGCGAGGGGGUGGAGCUCGCGCUGCAGGUGCGGGGACUCGCGCUGCGGAAUAUUGGCCAUAGGAACUCUUCACAUAGUGCUGGAGAGAAAACAAAGAGUGACGCCGGCAAGGGCCUAGGCUUGGAGCCCGCCAACCGCUGCGGGAGGGCGCUGCGGCACGCGCUCAAGGGAUUGAAGGCGUUGCACCAUUUGACUAUUGAUAAAUCUAAGGAAGAAGAACGAGAACGUCUUAAACAGCAGAUUAUAAUAGAGGAGCAACAUCCAAAAAUGGCGAACCCUUACGAGCCAAUCAAAAUGAACUAUGAACCACUAAAACGUUCGAAAGAACACGUCUCAAGAAGUAGACGAAAGAAGCGAGAGAAGAAGACCGAUAAAUCAGGGAAUUAUCUCAUCGAAACAAAAUCGAAUAUCGAUAAAAACGCCAUUUUAGUGCGCAAAGAGAACAAAACUAUCCCCACCUUGCAUGAACCCAACAGGGAUGAUAAUUUCGCAUGGAAAUUACAUUUAAAAACGUUGUUAUAUGAAAAAAUAUGUCUAGCAUAUGCCACUUUGGCCGAAUACAGCUAUUCCCAUGAACAGUAUGGGUUCUCAUUAAAGUAUAUAAAUAUGGCGAAUAAAUGUCAGAAGUUAUUAAGUAAUAUGAUAAUAAAGAGUCGUGUGGUCGACGCCAGUUGUUUGAUUGGUCGUGUUGGGGAUAAUUUCUUUCAACUCAGCAAAAAUUGGAGCUCUUUGGACCAGUUCCGGAAGCAGUUUGAGAUGGACCACGAGAUCGACAGUCAGAUCAAGAUUGAGAUAGAGAAUGAUAUGAUCGAAGAGAUCGAUGGCGAAGCUAGGGAUGAGUUUGAUUUGGACAUAACGCUCCCCAGCACGGAGACGGAGGCGAUGCUGGCGUCGUGCGAGUGCUACGCGCGCGCCGCGGACGUACGCGGGCGCGCGCCGCGCCGCCGCGACGAGCUGCUGCGGCGCCGCGCCUCCGUCUGCAACGAGCUCGCCGUCAGAUACAUGAACGACGCACAGCAAAUCUACGUGAAAUACGUGGAAGAACCCGACCCAAAGGAUCCGAAAGCCAAACUCUUACUAAAACAAUUCGCUACACUCUCGCGUCGCUCUUCAGAGUUCUUGGACGAAGCGACGACAAUAUUCGAACAAGUUAAGGAUAUUCCCAAUUUAGCUUUAUUAUUCUGUAAUAAAGCAAGAUAUAUGAGAUUCAAGGCGCACUGCGAUCAAGGUAGUUUUAACUCAGAGAAGCGCAGCCUGUACAGCCAAGCCGAAGAGCUGUACACCACAGCCUUGAAGCUGCUCGGUCCCCGCGACAGCUGCGGCGCCACCUCCAUCUGGGAGCUGGUCUCCUGGGAGCUGUCCUGCCAUCUGUAUUCCCGUGCUGUGCUCAUGCAAGACUAUCCAGGGGUCUAUGCUGAUGAAAUAACAGAGGUGGCCGAAGCAUUUAAGCAUGCGCUAAAGUACUGCCUUCUAAGCCCUGGGCCCAGGCAAUAUCUGUACCAGUUCCGAGCAGCCAUGAUAUACCAUCGACUGGGUUCUUUAUAUCAUUCUCAGUAUAGGCUGGCGCGCGGCGAGGGCGGGCGGCGGCGCGCGCUGUUGCUCGCGACGUGCGGGCACUACGAGCGCGCGGCGCUGCAGUUCGCGGCGCUGGAGGACGCCGCCAUGUUCCUCACCGUGCGUCUCGAGCACGUCGCCGCGCUCGAGGCGCACGCCGCCGUAACACCAAAUCUAAAACUAAAAUCGCUACAAAACGCAAUAGAGCUGCUAAGACAAUGUCACUCCAUAAUGAAAUUACUAAAAGACCGAGAUCCAGAAGAACAGAAAGAAGUCCCCAAAUCAGAAGACACCGACGAGAAGAAUCUUCAGAACGAGCACAGUCUUCUUUGUUUAUAUGAGAACAGACUGCAUUUCAUAUUGAAAAGUGUUAUCCAAUAUUGCAGAUCUAAGUCGAACAAAGAUUAUGAGAAAAUAACAGAUAUGUACAAAAAGUUGUAUUGUGCUAGUUUGAAGAUAAAAAAGAAUGAUGAUGUCAGGUUGUACGCAGCAAGUGUUUGUGAGGCCUUAACUGCUAUGGACGAUAUUUCAAAAGAUUUUGAA